AUUUGAAAAGUGUAGUAAUAACGUUUAGUAAAUCAAUUAAACAUUUUGGGAUACUGAAUAACUUUCAAAUAGUAUGGGUUUUUGUUCUGUAAAAAGGAACUUCAUUCAUCUUUUUAACAUUGCGCUAAGUUAAGUCCCCCGUGUUCAAGUACUGUGUGCUCUUGAGAAGUAAUCCAAGAUGGCAGCCCCCCUGGCAUGAUGACCGAACUUGUUUACCAAAUGGGCACACACUCACACAGCACUGUGGAAUCGUCUGCAUAAAUAUUAUUUAUUAUACAACAUUGAACAUGGCAUCACAUGAAAGCAUAAGUCAGGAAGACAGAGAAACAUUCAGUGGAAAGUCAAGAGAGGAGCUACUCGUUAUGAUUCAGCAAUUAAAGACGGAAGUUUCAUCAUUGCGGCAAUCUCAGCAGCUUGAGGAGGAGAAAAAUGCAGAUGGUGGAAGCACCAAGGAGUCUCUCGGAAAAUACAAAAAGAAAAGAACACAGAGGCCUUUCGACUUCUCCAAGUACAACAAACGUCACGUUGCUUUGAGAAUUGCCUACCUUGGGUGGGACUAUCAAGGAUUUGCAAGCCAAGAAAACACGGAGAACACAGUUGAGGCAGAAAUAUUUCAAGCCCUGACGAAGACUCGCCUGAUUAAGAACCGGGAGACAGCAAACUAUUCUCGCUGUGGACGCACAGACAAAGGUGUGAGUGCCUUCGGUCAGGUCAUUUCUAUUGACCUCAGGUCAAAUCUACUGGAGGGGUCAGGGGUCAUUCAGACCAUCGAUGGCACAGCACAAGAGAGAUCAGGGAACAAGGAAGUUGAGAUUGAAUACACACACAUUCUAAACAGGGUUCUACCAGAGACCAUCAGAUGCAUAGCCUGGACGCCAGUCGACCCAAAAUUUGAUGCUAGGUUUAGUGCACUAUACAGAACCUACAAGUAUUUCAUUCCAAGAGGGGAUUCAGACAUUGAACUGAUGAGAAAUUCCGCACAAAAGUAUGUCGGCGAUCAUGACUUUCGUAAUUUCUGCAAGAUGGAUGUUGGAAAUGGUGUUGUUAACUUUUGGCGUACGAUCCUCUCUAUCGACAUUCAAGAAUUAGAUAGCCGUGAUGAUGGGUAUCAGAUGUACGAGCUAACAGUGACCGGCCAAGCCUUCCUGUACCACCAAGUCAGAUGUAUGGUUGCCAUCUUGCUCCUGAUUGGACAACACAAGGAGCAACCCGAGAUAAUUGAUAGACUGCUAGACGUGAAGACCCAGCCCUGUAAACCUCAAUAUUCAAUGGCGUCCGAGUAUCCGCUCGUCCUUUAUGAUUGCGCCUACCGGGGAAUUCACUGGAUUUACGAGCAAGGGGACCAGAAGCACAAUAUUUCUCGACUUCAAAGCAUGUGGGCUCAUAAUGUUGUAAGGACGGCUACUCUUAAGAGAAUGCUGGAUGGACUCCAGAGUGCCCCUGUUCAAACACUGAAGACAGAGAGCUCCGGACAGGACCAAACCAAUCAGAGAGAGGAGGAUGCAUCGCUGAGACCAAUAAUAACAAAUCAAACUGCUUUCCUUCUGCUUGGUACUAAGUCUAAAUCGUACAAACCACUCCUGCAGAGGCCAGUGUGUGAGAGCCUUGAGGACCGCAUCCGACACUUCACCAAAAAGAGACGGAUAGAGACCAUAGAUACUAGUGAAUAAGGCCCCCCC